GUAAAAAAAUGUCAAAUCGAUUCAAGUUUUUCGCCGCCAUUAGAGAAUAUAAUCCCGAGGGUGAAGUGUUUUUAAGAAUUAUCGGUACUGGUUCCAAUAACAAUCUAACAUAUCGUAUUAUGGAAUCAAGACUAAAUGAAGUUGGAAUAAGUCUGGGUAGUUUCUUAUCUGCUGUUGUCCCAAUGGGGGAACCCAUCAGAGAUUUUGUGCCUGAAGAGAGAAAUUUCAAAGUCAUCAUUGAUGGCAUUGUUGCCAUGGUUGAAAACAUUGAAGGCAAUUUGGAAAAGAACGAAGAGGGAGUUUUAGUAUUCAGUACAGAAGACUUUGGACUAGUUAGAGCUCUUGAUCAAAAGCUUUCACCAGGCCAAUAUCAAAUAACUGUUCGAGCAACAAAGUUUUCGGAGAGAAAGAUAUUUAAAAAUAUGAAUUAUUGUGCUGAAGCUCAGAAGAUUGCUCCAUUGGUGACUGCAACAGAAAGUGAAUCAAUAUUCAAGAGAGUUGCCUCAUUCUUUCAAAAAUCGCCGGAAGAAAAUAGCCUCGAGUCAACUAGCAAACAGGCUAAUGAGGAAAAAGACUCAAGUGUGCAAGAUCUAUCAAUGGCAGAACUCAUCGAAAUACUGCCAAAUCUCGAUCAGAAAUCGAUUAAUCAACCGACACCAGCACCAAGAUCAAUGGUGGGAUCCGUUGGUAUAACUCGAACGAUGAAUGCAUUAGUUUGCGAUGUCAUCCACCAAGAGAAGGAAUGCAUUCAUUUUUUGUGGAUCUGCGAGAUACAACAAAUAUCCAUGUUUGCUUCUAAAUCGCAUUAUCUGUCACCGGGUAAAUUCUUUGAAGGACUAUUCGAAAAGAAAGAAACUAAUUGGGAGUGUAUAAGAUUUGUCGGAGAAAAGAAAGAACUUUUGAAAGGAAUAACUGACGGAGACAAAUUUAAAGUGACACUAACCAACGAACAAGGCUUCCCCGUAUUCACUGUUGAAAAUUUGUACGCCAAGCUUAUUGCAUUCGAAGGAAAAUUUGUUUUUCACAACAAAACUUUCGGAAACGCAAUUAUUGGGUGUUAUAGACCUCCUGGAGAUUACAAAAUUACUAUCAAAUUACUUCCUAUACCAUUCACUACUCCAACCGGAAAAUUUAUUUGUUUUGAAGCAAUCCAUUUUGAAUCAGCAGAUGUACUUAGCUCAUCUAAUACUAAUACAACUGAAAAUAAGAAAAAAGUGACUGAAAAAGUGAAAGAAAGGGGAAUUCGACGUCCUCAAGAUCCAAAAUCAAAAGGAAUACAAAGAGCCGUUGUUAUACGGGUUAUCGAGAAAGGGAAUAGUACAGAUUAUAUUGUAUGGAAUUUGGAUUCGAAAAUGGAGUGCAUUUUCAGAUCUGCAAAGCAUGAACUAGAAAGAGGUCACUUUUUCUCUGGAAAAUUUGUGAAAAAAUCUGAUGGAUCUCUGAUGUGCACCAAUUAUGUUAAACAAAUUAAAGGAUUUGUUGAAGGUGGUCUGGAUGAACAUGAAAAUAUAUAUUUCACCGUUCCAAUUCAAAACUUUCAAGCGGCAAGGGGAAAUAGAAAGUACAAUUGCGCAUUUUCUGAAUAUUUCGGUGAAGUGUUAGAGGGCAAGGCGGAGAAUACGAAAUUGUCAAGCAAUUGCAACGGAAAAACAGUCAACAUUGAAUGGAAGAAGAUUGGAGCGUCUGGAAGUGACGAAUAUGUUUGGAUUGUUUCUAAAAUAUUUUGAUUCUGAAAAUAUCCAUUACUUGUUUGACAGAAUGUUUCUUCAUUUUUAAUUGCUUUGAAAUGUAAAAAAAAAUAUUUAUUU